CCCGGGCUGGCUCGCGCGGGGGGUAUGAUGACCCGGCGGCGGGGCCCCGGAUCUCGUCUCCUCCGCCGCCUCCUCACGGCAGCCCCAGCUCGUGGCUGAGAACCAGACACACCGGCGGUAUGGCAUCACAGCUGCAGGUGUUUUCCCCCCCAUCAGUGUCGUCGAGUGCCUUCUGCAGUGCGAAGAAACUGAAAAUAGAGCCCUCUGGCUGGGAUGUUUCAGGACAGAGCAGCAACGACAAAUAUUAUAGCCACAGUAAAACUCUCCCAGCCACACAGGGACAAGCCAACUCCUCUCACCAGGUAGCAAAUUUCAACCUCCCUGCUUACGACCAAGGCCUCCUCCUCCCAGCUCCCGCAGUGGAGCAUAUUGUUGUAACAGCCGCAGAUAGCUCGGGCAGCGCUGCUACGUCAACCUUCCAAAGCAGCCAGACCCUGACUCACAGAAGCAACGUUUCAUUGCUUGAGCCAUAUCAAAAAUGUGGACUGAAAAGAAAAAGUGAGGAAGUUGACAGCAACGGUAGCGUGCAGAUCAUAGAAGAACAUCCCCCUCUCAUGCUGCAAAACAGGACUGUGGUGGGUGCUGCUGCCACGACCACCACUGUGACCACAAAGAGUAGCAGUUCCAGUGGAGAAGGGGAUUACCAGCUGGUCCAGCAUGAGAUCCUUUGUUCUAUGACCAACAGCUAUGAAGUCUUGGAGUUCCUGGGCCGGGGAACAUUUGGACAGGUGGCUAAGUGCUGGAAGCGGAGCACCAAGGAAAUUGUGGCUAUUAAAAUCUUGAAGAAUCACCCCUCCUAUGCCAGACAAGGACAGAUUGAAGUGAGCAUCCUUUCCCGCCUAAGCAGUGAAAAUGCUGAUGAGUUUAAUUUCGUCCGUUCUUAUGAGUGUUUUCAGCAUAAGAAUCAUACCUGCCUUGUGUUUGAGAUGCUGGAGCAGAACUUAUAUGAUUUUCUAAAGCAGAACAAGUUUAGCCCACUGCCACUCAAAUACAUCAGGCCAAUCUUACAGCAGGUGGCUACAGCCCUGAUGAAGCUCAAGAACCUUGGUCUGAUUCACGCUGACCUUAAGCCUGAAAACAUAAUGCUGGUGGAUCCAGUGCGCCAACCCUACCGAGUGAAGGUCAUUGACUUUGGUUCUGCUAGUCACGUUUCCAAAGCUGUGUGCUCAACCUACUUGCAGUCACGUUACUACAGAGCUCCUGAAAUUAUUCUUGGAUUGCCAUUUUGUGAAGCUAUUGAUAUGUGGUCACUGGGCUGUGUGAUAGCCGAGCUGUUCCUGGGAUGGCCUCUUUACCCUGGUGCUUCAGAAUAUGAUCAGAUUCGUUACAUUUCACAAACACAAGGCCUGCCAGCGGAGUAUCUUCUCAGUGCAGGGACAAAAACAACCAGGUUUUUCAACAGAGAUCCUAAUUUGGGGUACCCACUGUGGAGACUAAAGACACCUGAAGAACAUGAAUUGGAGACUGGAAUAAAAUCUAAAGAAGCUCGGAAGUACAUUUUUAACUGUUUAGAUGACAUGGCUCAGGUUAACAUGUCUACAGACUUAGAAGGAACAGACAUGUUGGCAGAGAAGGCGGAUAGAAGAGAAUACAUUGAUCUCUUAAAAAAAAUGCUAACAAUUGAUGCAGAUAAGAGAAUCAACCCUCUGAAAACUCUUAACCAUCAGUUUGUGACCAUGACUCACCUUCUGGAUUUCCCACAUAGCAAUCAUGUUAAGUCUUGUUUUCAGAACAUGGAGAUCUGCAAGCGGAGGGUUCACAUGUAUGAUACAGUGAGUCAGAUCAAGAGUCCUUUCACUACGCAUGUUGCUCCCAAUACAAGCACAAAUCUAACCAUGAGCUUCAGCAACCAACUCAAUACAGUGCACAAUCAGGCCAGUGUUCUAGCUUCCAGUUCUACUGCAGCAGCUGCUACUCUUUCUCUGGCUAAUUCAGACGUCUCACUGCUAAACUACCAGUCUGCUCUGUACCCGUCGUCUGCUGCCCCACCGGUUGCUGGAGUUGCCCAGCAGGGGGUUUCCUUGCAGCCUGGAACCACCCAGAUUUGCACUCAGACAGAUCCAUUCCAACAAACAUUUAUAGUGUGUCCGCCUGCUUUUCAAACUGGGCUACAAGCAACAACAAAACAUUCUGGAUUCCCUGUGAGGAUGGAUAAUGCUGUCCCCAUUGUACCCCAGGCACCGGCUGCUCAGCCACUACAGAUUCAGUCAGGAGUUCUUACACAGGGAAGCUGUACACCACUAAUGGUAGCAACUCUCCACCCUCAAGUAGCCACCAUCACACCGCAGUAUGCGGUGCCCUUUACUCUGAGCUGCGCAGCCGGCCGGCCGGCGCUGGUUGAACAGACUGCCGCUGUACUGCAAGCUUGGCCUGGAGGAACGCAGCAAAUUCUCCUGCCUUCAACUUGGCAACAGUUGCCUGGAGUAGCUCUCCACAACUCUGUUCAGCCCACAGCAGUGAUUCCAGAGGCCAUGGGGAGUGGCCAGCAACUAGCUGAUUGGAGGAACGCCCAUUCUCAUGGCAACCAGUAUAGCACUAUCAUGCAGCAGCCAUCCCUGCUGACGAACCACGUGACGCUGGCCACUGCCCAGCCCCUGAAUGUUGGUGUCGCCCAUGUUGUCAGACAGCAACAAUCUAGUUCUCUCCCUUCAAAGAAGAAUAAGCAGUCUGCUGCAGUCUCAUCUAAGUCCUCUCUGGACGUUUUACCUUCUCAAGUCUAUUCUCUGGUUGGAAGCAGUCCCCUUCGUACCACGUCUUCUUAUAAUUCCCUAGUCCCUGUGCAAGAUCAGCAUCAGCCCAUCAUCAUUCCAGACACUCCCAGCCCUCCUGUGAGUGUCAUCACUAUCCGCAGUGACACUGAUGAAGAAGAGGACAACAAGUUCAAGCCCAAUAGCUCUGGCCUGAAGCCAAGGUCCAACGUCAUCAGUUACGUCACGGUUAAUGAUUCUCCAGACUCCGACUCUUCCUUGAGCAGCCCGUAUUCCACUGAUACCAUGAGUGCUCUCCGGGCCAAUAGCGGCCCUCUUCUGGAGGGGCCUGGCAGAGUCGUGGCAGAUGGCACUGGUACCCGCACCAUCAUUGUGCCUCCACUGAAAACUCAGCUUGGUGACUGCACUGUAGCAACCCAGGCCUCAGGUCUCCUGAGCAGUAAGACCAAGCCAGUGGCCUCAGUGAGUGGGCAGUCGUCUGGAUGCUGCGUCACCCCCACAGGGUAUCGAGCUCCACGCGGGGGGACCAGUGCAGCGCAGCCACUCAACCUUAGCCAGAAUCAGCAGUCAUCGACCGCUCCAACCUCGCAAGAGAGAAGCAGCAACCCUGCCCCCCGCAGGCAGCAGGCAUUUGUGGCCCCGCUGUCCCAAGCCCCCUACGCCUUCCAGCAUGGCAGCCCACUACACUCGACGGGGCACCCACACUUGGCCCCAGCCCCUGCUCACCUGCCAAGCCAGCCUCACCUGUAUACGUAUGCUGCUCCUACCUCUGCAGCUGCAUUGGGCUCCACCAGCUCCAUUGCUCAUCUUUUCUCUCCCCAAGGCUCCUCAAGACAUGCUGCAGCCUACACCACCCACCCUAGCACUCUGGUCCACCAGGGCCCUGUCAGCGUUGGGCCCAGCCUCCUCACUUCUGCCAGCGUGGCUCCCGCUCAGUACCAACACCAGUUUGCCACCCAGUCCUACAUUGGGUCUUCCCGAGGCUCAACAAUUUACACUGGAUACCCUCUGAGUCCUACAAAGAUCAGCCAGUAUUCCUACUUGUAGUUGGUGAGCUUGUGAGAGGAGGGGCCGUGGCUGCCUGGCCCUGGCCCUACGUUAAUGGACUCUGGUGAGCUCCUCUCUUACCCUCUUCAAACUCCUUAGCCAGCAAUUUGUUGUGCAGGGGCCCACUGAAGCAGCAGCUUUUUCUCUGGGAAACCUGUCUCAGUGUUGACUGCAUUGUUGUAGUCUCCCGAGUCUGCCCUGUUUUUUAAUUAUUUUUGUGACAGCAUUUUUGGUAUAGGGAAGCAUUCAGAUGCCCUUCUGCAUAAUCGCCAAGGGAGAGAGACCGUUCUGAAGUUACCCUUUAAAGAAUCUUUUGUGUCUCUGACUUGAUGUCUAUAAAUGCUUUU